AUGGAGGCUGGAGAACCCAAAGCUUUCUCCCACUUCCUGUUCCUCCUGCUCCUCCUCCCAAACCACGGACCUCUAUUUAUUACCUGGAUGACCCACCAGAACCCCGACACAGACCCACCAGAACCCCGACACAGACCCACCAGAACUCGACACAGACCCACCAGAACCCCGGCUCAGACCUACCAGAACCCGGGCUCAGACCCACCAGAACCCGGCUCAGACCUACCAGAACCCGGCACAGACCCACCAAAACCCGGGCUCAGCUCGCUGGUUGAACCCGGCAUAGACCCACCAGAAACACAGACCCACCAGAACCCCGGCUCAGAUCCACCAGAACCCCGGCUCAGCUCGCUGGUUGAACCCGGCUCAGAUCCACCAGAACCCAACACAGACCCACCAGAACCCCGACACAGACCCACCAGAACCCGACAUAGACCCACCAGAACCCCGGCGAACCCGGCUCAGAUCCACCAGAACCCCGGCGAACCCGGCUCAUAUCCACCAGAACCCGGCUCAGACCCACCAGAAUCUGACACAGACCCACCAGAAUCCCGGCUCAGAUCUACCAGAACCCGGGCUCAGAUCCACCAGAACCUGGCUCAGACCCACCAGAACCCCGGCUCAGAUCCACCAGAACCCGGCUCAGACCCACCAGAACCCGGCUCAGACCCACCAGAACCCGGGCUCCGAUCUACCAGAACCCGACACAGAUCCACCAGAACCCCGACUCAGAUCCACCAGAACCCCGACUCAGAUCCACCAGAACCCCGACUCAGAUCCACCAGAACCCCGACUCAGAUAAACCAGAACCCGGGCUCAGAUCCACCAGAACCCGACUCAGACCCACCAGAACCCCGAACCCGGGCUCAGACCCACCAGAACCCGGGCUCACAUCUACCAGAACCCGGGCUCAGACCCACCAGAACCCCGGCUCAGAUCCACCAGAACCCGGCUCAGAUCUACCAGAACCCGACACAGACCCACCAGAACCCCGGCUCAGAUCCACCAGAACCCCGACUCAGACCCACCAGAACCCCGUCUCAGAUCCACCAGAACCCGGCUCAGACCUACCAGAACCCGGCUCAGCUCGCUGGUUGA